CACUGUGUGGUGUGUGUUUAGGGCCAUUUGGAGAUAACCUGGUGCUCUGGGAGAAGGGUAGGCAGUGAAAUACUCUCAGGCAAGAGCAACUUUCUGAGUUGAGGCCUCACUUUCAGCUUGUAGGCUCCCAUGCCACCCCAAAACCUGGCUCAGCAGAGACUUUUGAUCAAGGGGGGAAAAGUCGUGAACGAUGACCACUCUGUGGUGGCUGAUGUGUACGUGGAAGAUGGAGUGGUGCAGCAGGUGGGACCGAACCUAAACCCUGAGCCACCCACUGGACUUGUCGUGCUGGAUGCAACCAACAAGCUAGUGAUCCCUGGGGGCAUCGAUACUCAUACACACAUGCAGUUCCCUUUUAUGGGUAGCAGGUCAAAAGAUGACUUCUAUACAGGAACAAAGGCUGCUAUAGCAGGAGGAACCACUAUGAUCAUCGACUUUGCCAUCCCUCAGAAAGGCUGUUCUCUUAUUGAAGCCUUUGAUACAUGGAAAAGCUGGGCAGACCCUAAAGUCUGCUGUGAUUAUGCACUGCACGUGGCAGUUACGUGGUGGAGCAACAAGGUGAAGGAAGAAAUGAAAAGUCUUGUUCAAAAGAAAGGCGUCAACUCCUUCAAGAUGUUUAUGGCCUAUAAAGGUAUAUAUAUGGUCAAUGAUGAGGAGUUAUAUUCAGCCUUUUCCUGCUGUAAGGAACUUGGAGCAGUUGCUCAAGUCCAUGCAGAGAAUGGGGAGCUAAUUGCACAGGGUGCAAAGAAGAUGCUGGCCAUGGGAAUAACUGGCCCUGAGGGGCAUGAGCUGUGUCGUCCUGAAGAAGUGGAAGCUGAAGCUACACAGAGAGCAAUUACCAUAGCAAAUGCUGUAAACUGCCCCCUUUUUGUAGUCCAUGUAAUGAGCAAAUCUGCAGCAAGGGUGAUAAGUAAUGCACGAAGAGAAGGAAAGGUGGUUUAUGGGGAGCCUAUUGCUGCUAGUCUUGGCACCGAUGGCACCCACUAUUGGAGUAAAGACUGGGCUCAUGCUGCAGCAUAUGUCAUGGGACCUCCUCUGAGACCAGAUCCAUCUACUCCUGGUUUUCUCAUGAACUUACUGGCCAAUGAUGACCUAUCUGUGACAGGGACUGACAACUGCACCUUUGACAUAUGCCAGAAAGCUCUGGGGAAGGAUGACUUCACAAAAAUCCCUAAUGGAGUGAAUGGUGUGGAAGACAGAAUGUCAGUCAUAUGGGAAAAAGGCGUUUACAGUGGAAAAAUGGAUGAAAACAGAUUUGUGGCUGUUACCAGCACAAAUGCAGCAAAAAUCUUUAACCUUUACCCGAAGAAGGGGAGAAUUGCUGUGGGUUCUGAUGCUGACAUCGUAAUUUGGGAUCCCAAAGCUACAAG